AUGGCUUAUCAACUUACGAAAAAAGACCUCAGAGGAACAUUUGAGGAUUCGGCUACCAUUGUGGCCGCCAAAAACCCGAACCCAGCCGUCCUGGAAGCUCUGUUAAAACGUUAUUUUACUCACCUUGAGUCCGUACCUACUGGUCGUGAGGACCGAGCCUUAAAACAAUGGUCCCCCAAUGCCAAUACCAUGGGCGCUAUAUACGGUACGUACGAUUCUCCAUUGACUGUCGCCAUUCGAGCAAAUAUACCUGAGAAUGUCCGGGCACUGCUAGCCGCCGGCGCAGACCCUACAGGCAUUACGCUGCAAGAUUUGUCUGACUAUGCUGUGCGAUUUAUUCGUGGCCGGGACGCUAAAACUGACAUGUCGAGUUUCGCUCUCUGUCCUCCGCGGGAACAAAUACUAGCGGUGACAGAGGCCAAAGGAAUCACCCGGCAGACCCAGCCCUUGACCCAGGCCGAAUUUGAUGAGCGGAGCAAAGGGUUCCCACGCUUUUGGACGGAGCCGAAUGUUCCUGGUCAGCGAUUGCGACUAUCAAAAGCCCUCACGGGAUUAGAUGUGGCUGCUGGGCUUGGAAAUGAGAAUCCUUUUAGUCUGGUUCGCAACGCAGGAGCAGAUGAAUCUGCCUCGCUAAUGCACCUCCUCCAGCACCCAGACCUCGAUCAACACCUACGCUCUCCUAUUUUCGGGAUUCACCCGCUCCACUUGGCGGUUGCCCGUCACGAUCCGGACCUCCUAUCCCGCCUACCUAUUCCACUCCCUACCGCAGGGACCACGGCGUUAGGACUCAACCUACUCCACAUCGCACCUCUCACCUUGACUGAGAAUAUCAACAAGAAAAAUCCAGAUUCUGUUCAGAGUAUUCACUGCGCCCGCACUCUUGACUCCAACUGGCUAUCGCAUGCAUUCCCCAGCCCCAUACACUUAGACCCGAAGGGAAGGCUUGGUUAUGGGCUUGUGAGGCCGAUUCCAGGUCAAUAUAUCGAGCCAACAAUACCGCUCACCUCAAUGGAACAAGAGGCCCAGCUUAGUACCUUGCACCUUCUUGUACGGGUCAUGGGCGUCAAUGUGCGUGCACAAGACGCCGAUGGAAAUACUGCUUUGCAUUACCUGGCUGCCACGAUGAAUGUAGAUCCUAGGGCUUUGCAGUUGCUUAGAGAUAUGGAAGGUGGUGAGGCUUACAAUAACAGCAGAAACCGAGUGGGCCUGACGCCGCAUUCCCUCUGGGAAAGUAACAACGAGGCAUGA